GGUGUGUGUGUGCACAUGUUCAUGUUUCUCUCUCUCUCUCUCUGUGUGUGUGUGUGUGUGCUGCAGGUGUUUACAGUGGAGGAGAUGAUGCCCCAUGUGUCUCACCUGAGCGGUGUCGUCACUAAAAACCUGUUCCUGAAGGAUAAGAAGCGGCGUGUGUUCCUGGUGUGUGUGCGUCACGACCGGCCCCUGGCCCUGGGUGAGCUGUCCCGCCGGCUGGGGGCCCCGAAUCUGCGCCUGGCGGAGGAGCGUCUGCUGCUGGAGAAGCUGAGGGUCCGGCAGGGCUGCGUGACCCCGCUGGCACUGUUCCUGGACACCGAGCGCAGCGUGACGGCGGUGCUGGACCGAGAGCUGACCCACGGCGGACACACACACAUACACUGCCACCCCAUGACCAACAGCGCCACCAUGGGGAUCACACCCGCCGACCUGCUGCGCUUCCUGGAGGAGACCCAGCACACACCCGUCAUCCUGAGCUUCGACUGAGUGUGUGUGUGUGUGUGUGUGUGUGUGAAAUAAAGCAUC